AUGGCGGCGGCGGCCGGGGCCGGGGCUUCAGGGUCGACGGCCCCCGCGGUAGCGGCUGGCACGCCGGGCUCCGGAGGCACAGCCCCCGGCUCACAAGGGGUGCUGAUCGGGGACCGGCUGUACUCCGGGGUGCUCAUCACCCUGGAGAACUGCCUUCUGCCCGACGACAAGCUCCGCUUCACGCCGUCCAUGUCGAGUGGCCUCGACACCGACACGGAAACCGACCUCCGCGUGGUGGGCUGCGAGCUCAUCCAGGCGGCCGGAAUCCUGCUACGCCUGCCGCAGGUGGCCAUGGCUACCGGGCAGGUGUUGUUCCAGCGGUUCUUCUACACCAAGUCAUUUGUGAAGCAUUCCAUGGAGCACGUGUCAAUGGCCUGUGUUCACCUGGCCUCCAAGAUAGAAGAGGCUCCAAGGCGAAUACGGGACGUUAUCAAUGUGUUUCAUCGCCUUCGACAUCUGCGAGAGAAAAAAAAACCUGUGCCUCUACUCUUGGAUCAAGAUUACGUUAACUUAAAGAAUCAGAUUAUAAAGGCGGAAAGGCGAGUUCUCAAGGAGCUGGGUUUCUGCGUCCACGUGAAGCACCCUCACAAGAUAAUCGUUAUGUACCUUCAGGUGUUAGAGUGUGAGCGUAACCAACACCUGGUCCAGACUUCAUGGAACUACAUGAACGACAGCCUUCGCACAGAUGUUUUUGUGAGGUUCCAGCCUGAGAGCAUCGCCUGUGCCUGCAUCUAUCUUGCUGCCCGGACGCUGGAGAUCCCUUUACCCAAUCGUCCCCAUUGGUUUCUUUUGUUUGGAGCAACUGAAGAAGAAAUUCAAGAAAUCUGCUUAAAAAUCCUGCAGCUGUAUACUCGGAAAAAGGUUGAUCUGACUCACCUGGAGAGUGAAGUGGAGAAGCGCAGGCAUGCCCUCGACGAGGCGAAGGCACAAGCCAAGGGCCUGCUGCCCAGCAGCACCCAGGUGCUGGACAGUGCAUCGCGGUUCUCGCCUGCCCCCAAGCCUGUGGAAUCCCCCAAAGAAGGUAAAGGAAACAAGCUUUCCCCACUCUCUAUGAAGAACACAAAGAGGAAAGUGGAGGGUGUGAAGAAAACCAAGGCGGACAGUCCGGUGAAUGGCUUGCCCAAGGGGCAGGGGAGUCAAAGCCGGAGCGGGAGUCACGAGCAGAGCUACUCAAGGUCCCCGUCACAUUCCGCGUCCCCUAAGAGAAGGAAAAGUGACAGUGGCUCCACAUCUGGUGGAUCCAAGUCACAGAGCCGCUCACGGAGCCGGAGUGACUCCCCACCACGACAGGCCCACCGGGGCGCCCCCUACAAAGGCUCCAAGGUGCGGAGCUACCGGAGACCCAAGGACUGCAAGUACUCUGCUCAGAAGCCACACAAGUCCCGGAGCCGGAGCUCCUCCCGCUCUCGGAGCCACUCACGGGAGCGGGCAGAUGCUUCUGGAAAAUACAAGAAAAAAAGUCAUUACUAUAGAGACCAGCGACGGGAGCGUUCCCGGUCUUACGAGCGAACAGGCCAUCGCUAUGAGCGGGACCACCCUGGGCAUAGCAGGCACCGGAGGUGA